AUGAGGGUGACGGUGGCGGUGUCAAAGAACAACAUCCAACUACCCCAACUCCCGCCCGAUAGCAAUUGCCCCUGUUUUCUUUCCAACCUCGAGUUUUGUUUCUGCGAUUACUGGCUUGAGCGACGAUUCAGUCCUCCGGUUAACGACCCGAUCACGACCACAACAGCAUCAUCAUCAACCACGACGUCGACAACAACAUCCACCCCCGAGAGCCUCCCCACGCCGUUCACAAUUCCUUUCUCCGAAUUCUGCGUGGAUCUCGAUCCGGAACCGGAUCCGUGUCCACCUCCUCCCCAACCUCAGCAAACGGCAGCGCCGACAGCAUCCCUAAUCCCGAUCGCACCGGCACCGGCACCGACACCAAUUCACAUUGCACCAGCGCCAGCGCCAUCGCCAGGGCCAGCGAUAACGGCAUCGACAGUUACCGUCACAGCCACAGCGCUGACCACGGCACCAGCGCCAGUCACCCUAGGAUCGCAUACGGCCUCGCCGCUCCUGCCGACGACCGUAUUCGACUUCGACUUCACCGACCCGUCGUAUGGGUACAACACGUCGCCGGCGCUCUCGUCGUCGACCUCGUCACCAUGGAUUCCAAUCUCUGCCACGGCGUCACCACACGGCAGCGCCGUCUCCUAUUCUUCGUUCGGCUCUCCGAUGCCAGAUCUAGAGCUAAACCUCGCGGAGAGCCCUGCGGGAAACUACGUCUUGUCGCCGGCGGCUAGUACGUCCAUGUCGUGGCCGGCUCAACUUAAUGCUGGUUACGGUCUCGGAUUUACUACUACUACUACUACCCGCCCGCCGACCCUCAUUACGCGGUCCAACGUUGUCGGCCAAGACACAAGUGGCUCCGCCUCGCAGUGCGACGUCUGCUCGCUCUCCUUCCCCACCCGGAAAGAGCUCAAGCGUCACCAGAGCGUAGCCCACGAGAAAGGUCUGGCCUUCAAGUGCCGCAUCGAGGGGUGCAUCAAGGCACGCACGGGUCACGUCUACAACAGGCGCGACAACUUUGUGCGGCACCUCAAGACGGCGCACGCGGACGCGGAGGAUUUCGACGUCGAGGAGAUGGUCAAGAGGUGUGGGUUUGUGAGGGGCGCCGAGGGAGCGAAGGAUAUACGGCGUAGGAAGUAA